UCAAGGAAUAUCAAAAUUGACACUGUUCACGACGAAGAGAAAGAACCCGGUGGCGGGGGCGCUGCGGGCUGUGACUGGUGACUGGUGAGGUGAGGAGGGUCCUGGAAGGUGAAGAACAGAGACGUAGCAAGGAGAAAGAUGGCAUCUUCGGGAGGUAGAACUCCAGAAUUGAGGAAAGACUCUGUGUCAAAUCGUUGGGUCAUUUUCUCACCGGCCAGAGCCAAGAGGCCCUCCGAUUUCAAAUCCAAAUCCCCCACGAAUCCCAACCCGUCCCAACAAAAAUGUCCCUUCUGCAUCGGCCAGGAGCACGAAUGUGCGCCCGAGAUCUUUCGGGUACCGCCCGAUAACCCGGACUGGACGAUCAGGGUCAUCCAGAAUCUUUACCCAGCUCUCAGCCGCAAUCUCCGUGAGCCAUCUGUCUCCCGCCCUGUUUCUUCCCGCGAGAUUGGUAAUUGUGUCUUGGACGGGUUUGGCUUCCACGACGUUGUGAUUGAGACUCCGGUCCACUCUGUUCAGCUGAGUGAUUUGUCUCCCGAGCAGAUUGGACAGGUUUUGCUCACAUAUAAGAAGAGAACCGAACAACUUGCUGGCCAUGAAUCAAUCAAAUAUGUGCAGGUGUUUAAAAACCACGGUGCUUCAGCUGGUGCGUCAAUGAGUCACUCUCACAGUCAGAUAUUGGCCCUUCCCAUCAUUCCUCCUACAGUUUCUUCUCGUCUUGCAAAUAUGAAGGAUUAUUUUGAACAGACGGGGAAAUGUUGCAUUUGUCAAAUUGGAUCUGAGGAUCUUGUGAUUCAUGCUUCUACCAACUUCAUUUCACUGGUUCCUUAUGCAGCUACUUUCCCCUUUGAGAUUUGGAUUGUUCCCCGCUAUCACUCUGCGCAUUUCCAUGAAUUGGAUGCUGAAAAGGCAAUUGAUCUUGGAGGUUUGCUGAAACUCAUGCUUAUGAAGAUGGCCAUUCAAUUGAAUAAUCCACCAUUCAAUUUUAUGAUCCACACUGGUCCUCUGCGUUGCCAGGGAUCUGAGACAGCGUAUGCCCAUUGGUUUUUACAAAUUAUACCACAACUAACUGGGAUUGGAGGCUUUGAACUUGGAACAGGGUGUUACAUAAAUCCUGUGUUUCCAGAGGAUGCUGCAACUGUUCUGAGAGAAGUGGAAAUCCCAGGAUCCGGAUAAAUCAGGAAGAAACAUUCUUGAGUAGCAUCAGCAUGAUUUCAACCUUUUUUAAAGUGAGAAAGUAAAACCCCUGAACUUCUUAUAGUUGUGAAGUUGUUUAUUUUAACAGGUUGCACUUCAAGAAGCCUCUUGUGACGCUGUGAGGGAAUCUUCAGGUUUUACACGUACUCUAAUAGUAGCCAUAAAGCCUUUACGUAUUGACCGGCUCAUUCUGUAUGACUAAGAGGGGAGGGGACAUUCAGUGCUGUUGAGAGGGAAGAGGAAAAAGGCACUUUCCAAUAAUUUGAGUCUUCAUUGAUUGAUAUACGAAACAUCUGUUGUUUGACACGCAACAUUUGCUCCUCUCAUUCUUGCUGUUCUUUACUGAAUAUUUUGAGUCUCAA